CAAAGGUGUUUCUGAACAGUGAAUGAUAAAACAUUAACAAACGUUUAAUUUAACCACUGAGGAUGUUUCGACUGUUGCAGUAUUUCAAUUAUUGAUAAGACAGAAAAAUCAUUUCACUCAAUAGCAGCUCAAAAGCAAAAAAAUACAGCAAUUACUACGAUUACAGCGCCCUGUUGUAUUUACCGUCCAGUGGCUCUUUGUUAAUUUGUUUACACACACACACACCUCUGUUGCUCAAUUACUUGAGAUUAAUCUGGAGAUUUCUCUUUUGAGUACACGUGUGUCCGAUUAGAUGAAGUGCUCACAGGAUUGAUCACAUUAUAUAAACCUGAACAUUACUCUUUGUGUAUGUGAGAACUAAUCUGAUCACAGGGAAUUGUGGAUAGUUUAGGGUCCGUGUUGACUGAUAUAAAUGCACCCAAAUCUAAAUCCAAAAUCCUUUGGGCGUGUGUGUGUGUGUAAAUGUGUUCAGUAGAUUCUGAAGCUUUUCCUCAAUCAGAAUGAUGGAUCUCUCGUUUUAAAGCAAAGAUCUCAUGUGAUUUCUGAAGCGUCCAGAUUGUAAAACUGGUCUGAAACCUUUUUAUGUCGAUUAUAUUUAGUGAACUGCUAAAUAGCAGCGAUUAAUCGAUCAGUUGCUGAGUGAAUGUAAUAGUUUAUGUAGCAAAAAUGAGAGUGCAUGCAUCUGAUGGAAACUACAGACCAAAACACACACAACUCAACAAAACUAUAUAUAUAUAUAUAUAUAUACUUCUUAUACGCUUAAUAUUUAAUACUUUAUUGUUUAUAUACGUUUGUUUUUAUAGUCUCUUUUUCUUCUGUUGUAAUCUUGUAUCAAUCUCUGACAUUAAUCCCAGCCCUUUGUUUAAUAAAUUAAAGACUAAUUAAAGAAAGUAAUUCCUAUCGCUGCUGGUCCCAUUGAGAAGUAUCACAACAUUAGAACCUGAACUCCCAAUCAACAUCACGUCUCUAAACAUGUGACGCAGACCAUUUGAAUACACCUCCACCUCUCACAAGAGCGAGAUCACGUUGCAGAACUUAAACUGGAAAUCAGCAGCCACAAUGGUCACUUUUCACUCAAGUCUCCUUGGAAUUCAAUCAAAUCCCUCCACCCCCUUAAACCACCUCUUACUUAAAGUGUGUACUCAAAAAAUGACCUCAUCCAAAAUGUGCGCUGGCUCUGCCUUUCAUCACGGGAGCCCCUCCACCAUUGGCCAACAUCUCCCUCGCCAUCACUUCCCCCCACCCUCCGCCACUUUUAUGCUGAUUGAAAAGAAAAAAGUGGGACGUAAUCUGGUGUGACGCCACUAAUCCCAACGCUACAAAUCACAGGUCCCGUCCGCCUCGCUCCACACAGACGCCCCGGGACUCACAUCUGCCUCAGACAGUACAACACUGAUAUAAAGAGCAGGAGACAUGGCUGUGGUUAGUGGAACUUACCGUAUGGUGUCGGAGGAGGAGCAGGCUCUCAGGGCCAAGCUGGAGCGUCUCACCGUCAAGGACCACGGGCCAGUGUUUGAACCCUGCGCCAGCCUGCCGGACCACACCAAGCAGAAGGCCAAGGACGAGCUGAACGAGACUGAUGAGAAGAAGGUGUCGGCGGUGAAGGAGCUGCGAGGAAUAAUCAAGGAGAAGGCAGAUGCGGGUGACGACCUGGCCAAAGGGGUGCAGGACACGUUUGGGGAGAAACCCGACAGUUUGCUGGUCCGCUUUAUCCGCGCCAGGAAGUACGACGUGCCCAGAGCCUUCGACCUGAUGAAGGGCUACGUGCGCUUCAGGAAGGAGUACCCCGAGCUGUUUGAGAAUCUGACCCCCGAGGCCGUACGCAGCACCAUCGAGGCCGGCUACCCCGGCAUCCUGCCCAGCAGAGACAAAUACGGCCGCGUGGUUCUGCUCUUCAACAUCGAGAACUGGGACUACGAGGAGAUCACAUUUGAUGAGAUCCUGCGUGCCUACUGCGUGAUCCUGGAGAAGCUGCUGGAGAACGAGGAGACUCAGAUCAACGGGUUCUGCAUCAUUGAGAACUUCAAGGGCUUCACUAUGCAGCAGGCGUCGGGAAUCAAACCCACAGAGCUCAAGAAGAUGGUGGACAUGUUGCAGGAUUCGUUCCCUGCUCGUUUCAAAGCCGUGCACUUCAUCCACCAGCCCUGGUACUUCACCACCACCUACAAUGUGGUGAAGCCACUCAUGAAGAGCAAGCUGCUAGAGAGAGUGUUCGUCCACGGAGACGAGCUGGAAAACUACUACAAGGAGUUUGACGCCGACAUCCUUCCCUCCGAAUUCGAUGGAAAAGGCUCAAAGUACGACGGCAAGGCCACAGCAGCCAAGCUGUUCGACUAAAACCUCCGCCCUCCGUCUGCGAAGGGUCGUUAUAUAUGACAAACCCCACAGCCUGUGGAUAUCCAAAGCCCAAAUCUAGCUGUGCAGUUGAAAGAAAAGAAGAAAAAAAAUGAAUGAAAGUCUCGAGUCCAUGUUGUGUUCAAGAGGUCCAAACAAAGCUCAGGCCAACAGAAAACUUCUCUACGGUGUUCUGUACAAACCAUUUGUUUGUCAUGUUCCUUACCUUAUCUCUACUCUUAGAGGGACUGGAGACACUGGUUUCAAAUCAUUAAUUACAGACUGCGUUUGCUUUAGAUAUUUGCAGAUUAUUCUAAAAGAUUUAAGAUGUUCUCCCUUGCAGGCAACCAUUGACUUCACUUCAUAGCAACAUAGUGUGAAAAUCAACCUUCUUAGACAAUUCAUCACAAUGAACAUGUAGAACAUGUUUUGUUUUAUUGAUACAUUUGCUAUUUUUGCACAGUAAAGCAGAUUUGGGCAGGCAGUGUUUUCAUGCUUCCCUGCUGUUGUGUUCAAAGAAGCUCUGGAAAGAGUAAAUUCAGAUUAUUCUUUUCGGUGUCCGUUUUACGGAUUCACACACACGAGAUCUCAGAGUUUGCUGAAAAAGUCACCAACAGGGACACGUCUUAAUGCUGACAGCAGCAUUACUGGAACUAAUCGAAUAAUAACGGUGACCACAUGUCCUGCUCAGUGGUGGAUUACGCAUCGAAAGCAGAUUUCAAGCCUUUGCAAGUUGAUUUUCAUAUAAAACUCAAAAGAAAUAAAGUGAGUGGCCGUCUUUAAUCUAAAGUACAUUGUUUGAUUCUUUGACCAGUCAGAUACAUUAAAGUCUUUUAAUGUCAUUUCAUGAAGGAUAAAUGGAGAAAACAUUCAGUCAGAACACACAGGGUGACCCCCGUUAGGUCACUUGAGCGGUCUUACCGCCUGCUUUAGUUUGUGCUUUGUUUGGACCGUACUUCACCCACACAGCUUGUUUCAACACUGGCAGGUCCCAGCUUUCUGAGUUUCCACCCUCUGGUCUCUCCUUGAAGUACAAGGCUGAUGUGCCAACAAGUGCCGGUCUCUCGUGUGUUUUUUAGAUUGUUCUUCAACAUGAAUAUUAUGAUGUUUCACCCAUUGUGCUACCUGGUGCACCAAAAAAAAGUCAAUAAAUGUACAAUAAACUGUAUAUGAAUAUAAGGUGUAGUCUUUGCAUCAAUUUGCAAAUCUAAACGAGACCGAGACUCAACAAUGUUCGCGGCUCUGUGAGACUGAACUCAGGUGGUGCUUUGAGCUAAAUGAGUCAGCGUGCAUCUUAGUUUAGUGUGUUAGCAUGCUCAUAUUUUCUAAUUGGUACUAAAGUUA